GGUGCUUUCGUCAUCAGCCUGUGUCGGAAAUCGAAAACGUGCGACUCGUUGUUUGGUCGCAGUAGCAAAUGUGAUACAUGAAAAAUAGAUUAAAAAAAUAUUUUUAAAUCAAACAAAGAGUAAAUAAACUAGCUGAGAAAACAUGGACGACGAAGAGGAAACAUACAGGCUGUGGAAGAUUCGCAAAACCAUCAUGCAACUGUGCCACGAUAGAGGCUACCUGGUGACCCAGGACGAGUUGGACCAGACUCUGGACGAGUUCAAGAGUCAGUUUGGGGACAAGCCCAGUGAGGGGCGUCCCAGACGCACAGACCUCACAGUCCUGGUGGCACACAACGACGACCCCACUGACCAGAUGUUCGUUUUCUUUCCCGAGGAGCCUAAGGUGGGGAUCAAGACAAUUAAGAUGUACUGUCAGAGGAUGCAGGAGGAGAACAUCACACGCGCAAUCAUUGUUGUUCAGAUGGGCAUGACGCCUUCGGCGAAACAGUCUCUCGUUGACAUGGCACCAAAGUACAUACUGGAACAGUUUCUACAACAGGAGCUGCUUAUUAACAUCACAGAGCACGAGCUCGUACCAGAGCACAUUGUCAUGACCAAAGAGGAAGUGACAGAGCUUCUGGCGAGAUAUAAAUUAAAGGAAAGUCAGUUGCCGAGGAUCCAGGCGGGAGACCCUGUGGCUCGUUACUUUGGCUUAAAAAGAGGACAGGUGGUGAAGAUCAUCAGACCUAGUGAAACAGCUGGAAGGUACAUCACAUACAGACUGGUCCAGUGAUAGACAGUUAUUGUUCUGGAUCAGAAUUUUGGACCAGUGAAGGAAACUCAACGUUACAGCUUUGACAAACCCUGGAUUAUCUCUCUGCUUUUCACUUCAGAUUUGAAUAUUUCUCCUAAGUUUUGUAAAAUAAAGAAUUCAAAAUGGA